UAUACUACGUAACACAUGAAGUUGGCACAAAAUGGAUGCUGCUUGCAAAUAUAUCAGUUUCAAUUAAACAUCGAUUUACAAAAUGGGAAAUCAAUUAGUCGGUAUUGCGCCUAGUCAAAUAUUUCCAGUAGAACAUUAUUUGACGGAUCAUAGUGAUUUAUUAUUCGACAUAAACUUAGGAAGUACUAGAUUUUUUAAAGUGGCUCGUGCCAGAAGUCAAGAAGGUCUUAUAGUAAUUAAAGUUUUUGCUAUUCAUGAUCCAACACUUCCAUUGUCUACUUAUAAAGAAAAACUUGAAGAAAUUAGAUCUAAAUUAGCAUCUGCUGUAAAUUGUCUACCUUUUCAAAGAAUGAUUCUCACAGAAAAAUCAGGAUCAAUAAUGAGAGAAUAUGUGAAAUAUUCUCUUUAUGAUAGAAUUAGUACUAGGCCAUUUUUAACAAGUAUAGAAAAGAAGUGGAUUACCUUUCAAAUUUUGUAUGCUUUACAUCAAGCUCAUAAGUUUGGAGUUUGUCAUGGUGAUAUCAAACUAGAAAACAUUAUGAUAACUAGUUGGAACUGGAUUUUACUCACAGAUUUUGCAAGUUUUAAACCAACUUAUUUACCUGAAGAUAAUCCUGCAGAUUUUUCAUAUUUUUUUGAUACUUCUAGGAGAAGAACAUGUUAUAUAGCUCCAGAACGAUUUGUGAAAACAUUAUCUUCAGAGUUAAACAAUACAUUAUUGUUAUCAGAACAAGAAUUAAAGACAGGUGAUUUACAUCCAAUGAUGGAUAUUUUUUCUGCAGGCUGUGCAUUAACAGAAUUAUAUAAUGAAGGACAUUCACCAUUUGAUUUUUCUCAAUUAUUAGCAUAUAGAAACAAUGAAUAUUCAGUGAGUAAGCAUUUGGAUACAAUAGAAGAUCCUGGAAUACGCGAACUCCUUGCAUCUAUGCUAGAAAGAAAUCCAGCAAAUAGAAAAAGUGCUGAAAUUUAUCUAGCUCAAGCUCGUGGAACAGUAUUUCCAGAAUAUUUUUAUUUAUUUCUGCAACCAUAUAUGCUUAUUUUCUCUGCUGCCCCAAUUUUAUCUCCUGAUGAAAAAAUAAAUAGACUUAAAAAAGAUAUUGGUAAUAUUAUUAAUAUUUUAAAAGCAGAAGAAAAUAAAAAAGUAAAAGCUGAUAUAAGAAAUAUGGAGGUUAAGAUUGAUCAAUUUGAAAAAAAUAUAGAAUCAACUAAAGAUGAUUCUGGUCACAGUGAAGAUAAUACUAUUGUAGAAGUUGAUAGUGAUCAAAGUUUUGACAAAACUGAUAUGAAUCAAACUGAUUCAAAAACUGUUUCAAAAGAAGAUUUUAAAUGUGAAAAUCAAAGAAAUCAGCAAUCAGAAAUUAAAUUAAUUGAAAAUCAAAAUCAAAAAAUGGAUUUAAAAAAUGAAAAGAAAGCUUUAUCUUCAGAACCUGUUGAAGGAUUAGUUAUUAUUACUCAACUUGUUACUUCAUGUAUAAGAGGUUUGCAUCAUUCUCAAUCUAAAUUACAAAGUUUAGAAAUAUUACUUGAACUUGCUGAAAAUACAUCAGAUGAAACAAUAUUGGAUAGAAUUUUGCCUUAUAUUUUUCAUUUAGUUCAUGAUCCUGCUCCAAGAGUACGAGUAUCAGCUAUACAUACUUUGACAAAAUGUUUGCAUCUUGUAAAAUCAAUUCCACCAUCAGAUGUUAACAUUUUCCCAGAAUACAUUUUACCUGGUUUAGCACAUAUCACACAAGAUGAAGCUGUAAUUGUCAGAACUGCUUAUGCAGAAAAUAUUGCACAUUUAGCACAUAUUGCAUUAAGGUAUUUAGAGAAUGCUCAUUUAUCUAACUUAGGUAACAAAGAAGGUCCAAAACCAAGUUAUGAUAGUGAACUUCAAACUUUGCAUGAAAUGGUGCAACAAUCUGUAUCCAUGUUAUUAACAGAUCCUCAGAAUUUGGUAAAACAAACAUUAAUAGAAAGUGGAAUUAAUAAAUUAUGUGUAUUUUUUGGAAAACAAAAGGCCAAUGAUAUUUUGCUGAGCCAUAUUAUUACUUUUUUAAAUGAUAAAGAAGAUAAAGAGUUAAGAGGUUCUUUUUUUGAAUGUAUUGUUGGUGUAGCUGCUUAUGUUGGUUGGCAUAGUAGUCCUAUUUUAAUGCCUCUUCUUCAGCAAGGACUAGCAGAUCCUGAAGAAUUUGUAACAACAAAAGCUAUUAAUGCAAUGGCAACUCUCACAGAAUUAGGUCUUUUACAUAAAUCUGCUCUUUAUCAACUUUUAUAUGAAACUAUGGUUUUUUUAGUACAUCCAAAUUUAUGGAUAAGACAUGCAACUGUUGGAUUUAUAUCUGCAGCAGCACGAACACUUAAUUUAGUAGAUGUUCAAUGCAAAGUUCAAUCAAUGAUACAACCAUAUUUAAAACAUCCAUUAAUUCAAAUAGAAAAAGAAAUUUUAUUAUUAGAGGCUUUAGUACCUCCUAUCCCAAGAAUUGUUUAUGACUCUGUUGUAAAAUAUAAUGAUAUAGAAGAAUUAUUUCAAAGUCUUGAACAGAGACAAGUUGCACGAACGAAAACAUUACCAGGAAUGGUUCCACAAUAUAGUGAAACAAAUAAUUCAUUACGAAAUCUUUUCAGACGAUUAAGUUCAGAAUCAAUGACUGAAAUUGUUGAAGAUCAAUUAAUAACAAUGAAGCCACAUUUAAUGAAAAUUAAUAAAUAUCGAAAUUCGGUAGAUGCGAAGCUGAGUACAACUAAAUCAAUGGAAGGAAAGUUAGAAUUAAAUACUAUGAAAGACAAGAUAAGACAUCAUAUAAUAAUAUUAUAUCCCGAUACAAAAUCCGAUUUAGGUCUUCCACCAUUUAAACGAUUAGAUCGUAGAACAUCAGAUAGUGUUGGCACAUAUGCAACAAUGAAUCAAGAAUGGCGUACAAUGUUUGCAGCUCAAGAUAAUAUUCAACAUACUGUUAAAAUGUCAGAUAUGACGGGAAGUAAUGGAAGUCCUAGUCAAAGUUUACAUGGAGGAGACAUUCAUUUAUCACCACAACAUAGUUUGUCUGACAUAAAUAGCAUAAAUGAUCAUUCUCUUCAUGAACGUUCAUAUAUUCAAUAUAGAUGUGCACCUUGUAGAUUAGAAGUAAGACAAUUGACAUACAGAAAGCAAGAACAACAUGCUGCUGCAUUAAGAGCACAACAUUGGGCUGAUAAUAUUGCAUGGCAAGCUGGUUCAAGAUUAUUACCAAAUGGAUGGAGACCUCGAGGAGUACCAGUUGCACAUCUUCAUGAACAUAGAGCUGCAGUAAAUAGACUAGUUUCUAUAUCAGAUACUAGUUUAUUUGCCAGUAGUUCUGCAGAUGGAUGUAUAAAAAUAUGGGAUGCAAGUAAAAUGGAAGGUCGAAACAUUGCUAAUCGCUCUAGACAAACUUAUAUACACAGAGGUGGUCCUUUGGUUGGUUUAACUAUAUGUGAUCAAGGACAAUCAUUAGCAAGUUCUGCUAGUCAAUCAGGAACAGUAUUUGUUUUACGAAUCGAAUCAAAUUCUAGUAAAAUGAGUGUCAUUGGUACCAGACAAUUAGAUCUUCAAGAAGAAGGAUGUGCAGUUGAUUUACAAUAUUUAGAUUCGGGUUCACAAUCAGUUCUUGUAUAUGCAUCAUUAUAUGGUGCAUUAGUAGGAUGGGAUUUAAGAUGUCCUGGUACAACGUGGCGUUUAGAGAAUGAUUUAAAACACGGAGUAAUUACUUCAUUUUGCGUAAAUAAUUAUCAACAAUGGUUAACUCUUGGUACUAGUUCCGGAGUCCAUACAUGCUGGGACUUACGAUUUCAAUUACCAAUAACUAGUAUUAAACAUCCUACAAGUGCAAGAGUAAGAAAAGUAAUUACUCAUCCUACUGAACAUUCAUGGAUUAUUUCGGCUGUGCAAGGAAAUAACGAAAUUUCAAUGUGGAAUCUUGAAACUGAUUUUCGACAAAUGGUACUUUGGGCAUCAAGUGCACCUCCUCUUAGUCAUUCACAAGGUGGUCAUAGUGUAUGUGCAAUGUAUUCUGGAUGCAUUGAUCGUUCAGGUUUUUUAUUAGCUGGUGGUACUGAUAUGAGAUUACGUUUUUGGGAUUUAAAUGCGCCCAAUGAAUCAUAUGUUGCAUUGCCUGCUGCUGUUGAUGUUACUCCUCCAAAUUCAUUAGCAUAUGAACAACGUUUAAUUGAUGGGACUAAUGUAGUACAAGAAGUUUUAGCUGGAGGUGGUCCUAUUCCAUCAUCUGGAGGAAAUAAUAGCAUUAGAACGAGAAAUUCUGAAGAAGGUGGUCAAGGUCCAGAAACUCCGCCAUCUGGACAUCAUGAUACAAUUUCCGCGGUAUCUAUGUCAAAUACUUGUAUCCUAACUGGUAGUACAGAUGGAUUAAUACAAGUUUGGAAAUGAUUGUUUUCUCUUUCAUCAUGUCAUGUUCCAAGACUGUAUGUAAUGUACAAAUUUUUCUAAUAUAUAUUUUUUCUGGAGAAAACAAUCUAAUCGAACAUCAAGAUUUUUAUGAUUGAACUCAUGUGCUGCAGUAAUUCUGUGAUUUUUAUUUGUACAUAAUAUGUAAUAUAUAGAUGAAUAGUAAAUAAGAUCAUUUAUAGUCGUAACUAUUGUAUACAAUGCAUUUUUUAGAGUAUAAAACUUAAGUUACUUUAAUAGAGUGAUUUUUGGGUAAUAUAAAUGAUUUAUUUUUCUAC